AUAACAGCGUCGUGUCAAUAGUAUUGGCUACUGGUAAAGGGAACAAACACGAAGAAGAAAACGAGAGAUCAGAGACCACAUGAACAUGGCGAGAGGCGAAGUUCUGAGCGCGUACCGCGCAGUGUUGAAAGCCACUCGGAAAACCUUCGCCGGCGACGGCGUGAUGUUGAAAGGGUCUGCGGCGGAGGUGCGGAAGAAGUUCGAGGAAAACAGAAACGUCAGCUCAGAGGAAGAGAUCCAGAAGCUUCUCGGAGAAGCCAGCGAGGCCUCCCAUUUCAUCACCAACAUGCUCGUCCAGGCACAACUCAAUUCCGAUGCCGGCAGCUACGUAAUGAAGCCUGGUAAAGAGCAUGCAGGAGCAACACUUGAAAUUCCUACUGAAGAAAUUAUUAGGAAGUCUUCAUGAAAAGUACGGGAGAGAAGAGAUUGACAAAUUCAACAGAUGAAGAUGCAUGUUUGGCUGAAUAUUUCUGGGAUUGUUGACAGCUGCGUUCAGGCUAAGAUGCUCAAGUAGUUGAAUUCAAAUUUGGGAGCUACACAUGCAUUGGAACUACUUUUAAACUAUAAAAUUAUAGAUGUAGCUUGGGUCAUACACAGAAACAAGGUUCCAAGAUUGGGUUUGUGAACCGAAAGCCUUCUUUCUUAUGAGCAACUGCAACUAGGGACGGAACAGUCCUAGUACAAGCUACACAUACCUUUAUCUGACCACUAGCUAACUAUUUGUGAUGGUAUACAAGGUUGCCGAGAAUUUGUAUGGAAGAGAGAAUGUUGACCUCAGCUAGUUAACAUUUUGUAUUUCAUGGUUUUUCUGCAAUGAAGUUUGUAUAACACAGGAA